AUGCUGACUAAUUCUUAUAAAUCUAACAGGGAUGGCGGCAUUGCGCCGGGGCUUUAUCUUGGGGACAAUGCUGAUGGGGAGAAGCUGGCUAGGAGGCUUGGCCCGGAAGUUAUGAAUCAGUUGACUGAAGCAUUUGAGGAUAAGAGUAAUCAAGUGCUUCCGUCGCCUUUGGAUGAUGCUUAUGUCGAUGCAUUGGAUACCAAUUGUAUGAUUGAGUUUGAGCCGGAGUACCUUAUGGGGGAGUUUAAUCAAAACCCAGAUAUUGAUGAAAAACCGCCUAUUCCUUUCAGGGAUGCACUUGAGAAGAUGAAGCCUUUCUUGAUGGCAUAUGAGGGUAUUCAAAGUCAAGAGGAGUGA